AUGGUGCCAAGCCAGUUGUGGGGGCGACUGGAGAAGCCGCUUCUCUUCCUGUGCUGCGCCUCCUUCUUCCUGGGGCUGGCUUUGCUGGGGAUACGGCCGGACAUCGCCCCUGUUGCUUAUUUCUUUCUCACCUUGGGUGGCCUCUUCUUGUUGGCCUGCCUCCUGGCCUGUGUUUUGGAAUGGGGGUUUCAAUCAGUGCAGACCGAGAGCCCAGGGGCAUCAGGCAGUGCACGGGACAAUGAAGCCUUUGAGGUGCCAACGUAUGAAGAGGCCACGGUGUUGGAAUCACAGUGCCAACCCCAAGAGCUGGAUCAACCACCCUCCUACAGCAGUGUUGUGAUCCCACCAGGACUUGAGGAGGGACAGCCUAGCCAACCAGAGGAGCCCAGGAGACCCCGACUGGAUAGGCGAGUGGGCUCAGAGGGGUCUGCAAUCUCGGGAAACCCCAGAAGACCUCCAGUCAGCCUUCGGCUUCGGGGACCACGGGUUGUGUCCACCGUUCCUGAUCUGCAGAGCCUGUGGACGCCCGCCACACUGGAACCUCUUACUCCACCCCCUGCCUAUGAGGUCAGCUUUGGUCACCUUGAUGAUGAUGUUUUCUAUGGAAACAACUGGACACCUCCCUAAAGGACUUUCCCAGGAUAUAUCAUCUUUCUGUACCAGACUCACUCGUUUGAGUGAUGCUUCCCACUGCCUGUUAUGUGUUAGGAACUGUGUUUCCACCUGGACAUCACAAAUGAGGACUUUAACCCAGAGGGGAGUGAGGCUAUGGUGAGCCCUUCCCAGUUUUGAGGUGGCACAUCCUAUAGAUGUAGGUGGUACAACUUGAGACUUAAGGAGAUAUUCAGUGACCUACCCCAUAUCCAGUAUUUCCAGAGUUAGACGGAGGGUGAGAUGAGAAGGUGAUCCAGAGAAUCUAGUGAAGGAAGAAAAGAAACAACAUCUGAGUGACUGCCUAUGCUGCUUCUGUUCCAGGGGCUUUGCCUCUUACUAUAUCACAAAAAUGAGGUAUUAACUACCCUUCAUUUGAAAAAUGGGGAUUCUAAGGGUCAGAAAAUUUUGAUAAUUUGCACAGGGGAACACUGCUAGUAAACAGCACAAAAAAAUUCCUUUAACUCUGCUCUUCUGAUCCCAAAGCCCACUGUGUUUUCAAUACGAGGCAACAGAAGCCAGGUUAUCCGCACAUCUCUUUCUGUCUUGGACAACUGCUAAGAGAGGUGAAAGACUUCAUAUAGACAGACUGGAGGACCAGUUGUGUCUGGACAGGGCUGAGUGUGACCGGGGAUGUGACCAGCCUCCUUGAGGAGCAAACUGAAUCAGAACUGUGAUAGCUUCUGUCGCUGAUGGGGAGCAGUUCCUGCUCCCGGGCAGGAGAGCAGUCCCCAUCCUAGCAGGAAGCAGUGGAGUAAACUGCCCCAGGAGGAGGGACUCUGAUUUUGAGAAGAGGUGGAUAUGAGGGUCAGAAAAGAUAAAACGUGAGCUUGGCGAGGGAUGGCAGAGUAUCUAAGGAUCCCCCCCUUUUUUUUUUAUUUUAAAUUUUAAAACGCUUGUUUGAAUUUUUUCGUUAUCUUUCUAAGGAUCCCUCUUGAAUCAUCUAUUAUGAAGCACUGGAAACACUUGCACCGUGUCUCCAAUCGCUUCAACCUCACCCCUGCGCUCUGACCGCUAGGGUUUUACCCCAAGCCUCCUGCCCUGCUUCCUCAGAUCUAAACAAAAGACCAGAUUUUCUGGAAUCCUGUGCUACACCUGUGAUGUAGGUUUUAGCCACUGGGAGCUGCUCACCCAACGCCGCCCUACGCUCCUCAGGGGGGCGCCACCACUCAGGCCGUCACUCUGCGCGUCUAGCGCCUUCUAGGCUCCCUUGCACUCCUUACCCGGGCCCCUAGAGUUCAACUUCAAUAAAGUGAAAAGGCCGGCCACACUCA